UUCACUUGCGGUUUGGACGUUACUGUUGAAUAAAUGAUAAGUUAAAUUCAACUUGUGGAGUUCCUACAUUUCCUCUAAACCCGGGAUGGAUUUGCACAGGCGCGUGUCCUCUGCGGGAUACCGGUUACCGGAACGGAACCAAAGCACCAGCAGGCCCUUAUCAUCCCAGCCAGCAGCGGACAGGACGCGCCGAGCCCACGGACACACGGUGUCCACUGAGCAGACCUCAGACAGGAGUGAUCCCGUGAAACAGGACCGAGUGUGGAGAGAAGUGGUGGUGGGUGAGAGGAGAGGAGUCCGGGAAUGGGAGACGAACUGGGGCUUUUUGACAGAAUAUGAUCAGAUGGGUCAUCCGAAGUCACCAGAGCCUUUACCCAGCAACGUGUCCCUCUUCUCAGACAGUGUCCCCAACACCACCAACCAGAUGUUUGGCAGCAGACUGUCCACUCCACUGGGGCGUGAACUUGUCAGGCUGGACAGGCGGCUUCUCUGGUCUGGAAGCUGUUGCAAGCGCAAGCUGGAUCCGGAGAUGCUGCCCUGCUAGUCUUUUCAUUUUAAUUGACAGUGAAUAAUGAUAAUAAUAAAAAUUAAAAAAAAACUUUAAAGCCAUAUUAGUAAAGGAAUGAAAAUUAUUGUUUACAUCAUUUGAUAGUUACAGAUAUGUAAUCAUACAUUUUUCAUGCUGAAGUCAGAACAUAGAUGAAUUCCUUGGUUUGGGUAUGAUACAUGCAACAAGAAAAAGUCUUUAUACUAAAGGUAUUCACUCACAGAUUAAGAGGGGAGUAGACGGACGGACACCAGCAGAUCAAAUUCAUGUCAUUCGAGCUCCAUCAGGUAUCUAACCAGAUACUCCACAGACAUACACCUGAUCAAAUUUACAUGAGUAAAUGUAUCCCCACUACUCGCACACUGCAAUAGUGCUGCAGGGACAAACACAUAAUAAACCAUAUCAUACAGUUAAAAACACAUUUAUUAUUAGGAUUUACAUUAUUAGAAUCUUUUGUACUGAUACAAAAUCUAAUCAAGGGGUUAAAUAGAUUGUGUUUUCUAAAUGCAUGAUUGGAGCUGUUCAUAUUGUAAUGCAACUACUGAAACCUCUUAGCCAAUUUGACACAAUGAAGCCAUGAAUGAACUUUGAAUAAGUUUGUGGAAUUUUGGAAAAAUGUACUCUAAACGAGCAGCAGGAUAUUUAAGUUUUUUGUACCUUUGUAGCUGCCAUAAAAUGCACAUGUUUUUGUGAAGUUCUUGUUGGUCACUGCCCCUUGUCUAAAUUUUAAUUGAAAUAUUUGUCCCUAUACUAAAUUUAAAAAAAUCCAUCAGCUGGUUGUAUGAUGUGGA